GUCACUCCUUCCCCCCCAAGUGAUUCAGACACAAAUAAACUCAGGAACCCUCCUGUCUCCAUGUGCUGCUGCUCGUCUGUAAAAUGGCUGACAAACAAGAACGAAGGCAGCAUGGAGACGAGCUGGACCAAGAGCAGUUCUGCUGUUCAGUAUGUCUGGAUCUCCUAAAGGAGCCGGUUACUAUCAACUGUGGACACAGUUACUGCAGGGGCUGCAUUGAGGGUUACUGGGACCAGGAGAAGGAGAAGGGAGGGUACAGCUGCCCUCUGUGCAGGGAGACCUUCAAUCCCAGGCCUCUUCUGAAGAGAAACAACAUGCUGGUUCAGGUUGUGGAGAAGCUGAAGAUGACGAGCACCCAGCAGGCUUCUCCCUCUGCUGCUCUGGCCUGUGCAGGUUCAGCAGAUGUUGCCUGUGAUUUCUGCUGUGGGACCAAACCUAAGAAAGCCACCAUGUCCUGCCUGACGUGCUUGGCGUCUUACUGUCCAGCUCACCUCCAGCCUCACUACAGGGUUGCUGUGCUGAAGACGCACCAGCUGGUCUCGGCUACGAUCCCACUGCAGGACAAGAUGUGUACCAAGCACAACAAGCUGAUGGAGGCCUACUGUAAGACAGACAAGCAGCUUGUUUGCGCUCUGUGCACCAUAGAGGAGCAUCGGGACCACAAAGUGGUUUCUGUUUCAGUACAGAAGGCUGAAACAGAGAAUCUUCUUAAUUGGAGCCGUAAGAAAGUCCAGGAGACGUCCCAGCAGAGAGCGAAGGAGCUGAAGGAGCUGAUCCAAGCGGAGAACGAUCUCAAGAUCUCUACCCAAGAGGCGCUGAAGGACUGCGACAGCAUCUUUGCCAAGAUGAUCUCCUCCAUGAAGAGAAGACGUAGUGAGGUGAAGCAGCUGAUUGAAGGGCAGGAGAAAACGGUGGCGGUGCAGGCUGAGGCGAUUCGGCUGCAGCUGGAGGAGGAGAUCGCCAAGCUGAGGAGGAGAGACGGCGAACUGGAGCGGCUGUCGCAUGCUGACGACCACAUCCAUUUGAUACAGAUCUUCCAGUCUCUCUCCACUUCCUGUGACUCUUCAGACUUUCCACCUGCUGCUGUUCCUCCACGUUCCCUCAGAGAAGUGACGGACUGUGUGUCUGAGCUGAGAGAUAAACUAGAGAUUGCCCUGGAGGAAACAUGGCCCAGGAUCUCUGCCACAGUCUCUUAUGUUGAUUUCUCACUGCCACCGGCACCAAACACCAGAGAAGAGUUUUUACACUAUUGCCGUCCCCUCACACUGGAUGUGACCUCAAACUACGCGUAUCUCCACCUGAUGAGCGACUAUCGCAUGAUGAAGCCUUCACCCAGCCCCUACUCUGCUCAGCCAGAGAGGUUUACUAAGUUCCCGCAGGUGCUGUGCAGAGAGGGAUUGUCUGAGCGGUGUUACUGGGAGGUGGAGUGGCACGCUCGCACGCUCUCUGCAGCGGUGGCGUACAAAGACAUCGCCCGAGCGUCGGAUGACUCACGGUUUGGAAACAAUGACAAGUCGUGGAGUUUGGAGUGCUCAGCGAAUGGUUACUCGUUCCGGCACAAUAAUGUAGAAACGGCAGUGUCAGGCCCCCACUGCUAUAAGAUCGGAGUGUUCUUGGAUUAUAAAGCAGGAACUCUGAGUUUUUAUCACGUCUCUGAUCUGAUGGUUCUGCUCCACAGAGUUCACACCACGUUCACCCAGCCUCUUUAUCCUGGGCUCGGGCUGAACUAUGAAUGGUAUGAUAUUGGCGUGUUUGCACAGCUUGUCAAGUUAAGGAAGUAGAUGUUUGUGUGUGUGUGUGUGUGUGUGUGUGUGUGUGUGUUCUGCACUGCAACAUCAAUUACCACUGACAUUUUGACAGUCUAAAAAACUGUAUUUGAACUAUUUAGCACAUAGCUCCAGAGGAGACAUAGAGGGGAAAUAUUAUAGAUGUGAUGGAAGUAAAAAGAUGGCAAAUGUUUUGCACAUAAAAAAUCUUUUAUACAAUAAAAUAUUUACUUCUGUUAACUGCUCUGUCAGUGUAAAGAGGAAGUAAUGUAUUAUCUAAUCUAAUUAACACUCUCUCAAAAACAGAUUUGUUUUCUUCCUCUCCCAUACAUAGUCAUUUCCUUCAUGUGCCUUGCACAGCUUUGUAAUACUGAUAUAUUGGUAUUAGAAAAUUUGCCACCUGUCUGUUUUUGUAGAUCAGAUGUAAACACCUGUGAUUAAAGGCUGAGUCCAUGCACUUCCACACUUUGUUUUACAGCAACACGGAUUUGUUUGCUUUUGCCGGACGGUUGAGCGUGAUCUGUAAAGAUGUUUAUCCGGAGGGUUUUCAUUGGUAGCAAGAAAGAACGGAACAGCUUGCAAGUUAUUACAAGAGAUCAAUCACUGAAGUGUUUUGGAAUAUGUGGAAAUUUUACUUGGAAUCUGGUCAAACUGACACAUGCAACAUCAGCACAAAUGAUCAGAUGCUGUCAGCUUCGGUUACUGUAGCUGCCUAUGGACAAUGAUUGACAGGACUGAAUGGUUUACCUGUGAAUUGAAUUGGAUGGAAGCAAUGCAUGUUGGUGGCUGCAGGUGGGAUGGUGCAAUGUUAUUUAUUGUUUAUAUUGAAGAUUUUUUUCUGGUUUAUUUUCACGCUGUACUUUGCACUGUAAUCCUAAACAGAGAGAGUCUUGGUUUGAAGUUACUGUGUGAAAGAGAGACCACCAAAAUAAGAAGCCAAACAAUAAUAAAAAUAAAGAGAAUUCUAAAGAAA